AAGCUCGUGCGGCCGAUGUUGCAUGUGCGACUCUUCUCUCAUGGACCCAGGCUGAUGAGAGCAGCAGCAGCAGACCAACAAGCUUCAACGAAGAGCUAAAGAGCUUCGGCCCAGCCUCAUCCCGGGCAGCCAGGCAGCCAGCCGACUAGAGUGACUGGACUGCCGCAGCCCUAGUACGAUAGUGCAUUCCACGCCGGACACCGCUCUUUUCUCACUCUGUAGCUCACUUCCCCUUCAUCUCUCUCCUGCGCCUGCUGAUUCACCAGCACCGUAACUCGCUCUGCGCUGCUCAGAUCAGAUCAGCUCUGCUCUGCUUUAUGGAAUCAGUCGCGAUUCCGGAUAUGUGAUGAUGAUAGCUUCAGACGCAUUUGCGUACAAGAGGGCGCAGCGCACUAUCUGCGGAGUUGAACACGCAGAGUGAAUGUCGUCGAGAGGCUGCGGAGAGUGAGUGAGUGACCAGAGUAGCCGACUCGUAAAGUCGUCGACCGGAGGCGGAGGCCGGAUAUAUUGACGGCUUUCACCCUCUCCUUCUUACCCUCUUUGUCCCGUCGGGGUCGAUCGCGGGGUUUAUUUGCCCGCUGCGCGCCCCACCCCAUGUUCUCUCGCCCUGCCACAGAGAAGGCCCUUCCUCGCACGAGGACAGAAGAGCUCCGGUGCUGUCCGGGGAGCAAGUGCCAGCUUGUGCGGAUUGGAGCGACAAGAUAGCGCGGAUUGCACUUACGGCAGUUGAAGUAGAAAGAGCCGAGAUCUUGCGAAUGUUUCAGCUGUCAAGUGUUGUGUCGAGCAGCAGAUCCUUGUUCACUGAGAGGUGUAGAGUCCAGUAGAAGAUCGAGUGUGCGCAGCACUUCGUGCGGAGGUCGACAUCGAUGUGAGUGAGUGAGGGAGUGGUGUAAGCGAGCGCCACACAGCAGUGCAGGAGCAGGACUGCUCGACGUGACCGACCGCGAGUAGAAUGCUGCAAUUCUAGAGAAUCCACGACGUAGACAUGGGGAAUCCUUUGCCAAGGACGCAGUCUUUGGGACAGACACGAGCGAAAGGGAAUAGCGGGCCGAAAUGGGAUUCCUUCAACAAAACCAACAGGCCGCACUCGCUGUUCAGCAACCGGCACAUGACGAGCACCGAGAAGGUGAGGUCGUUCAUGAGCGGGGAGCUCACCAGCACGGGACGUCCCAGAGCGUUUCUGAGCGGCGAGCUGCCGCUGGUCCGACCUGUGACAGCGACGUCGCUGCCAUCGAUGCGAGAUGCCGCCACCAACACGGACCUCAACGACGCGGCCACCAACACCGAUGAUUGUGUCUCCAUCUCCGGGGACGACGGCAGAUCGGCCCGAGGAGACGUGCAGGACAAGCGGGAGGAUCGCCCCGUGGAGAGAAGGGAAUUGCUGUCGAGGAAGAACAGGGACAAUGACGCCUCGACGGCGAGAGCAGCAGAUGCUUCGAGCGAGGGAGGAGGAGGCCGAGGCAGCAGUGGGUUGAGACGCAGCGCCAGUGUCGGGGUGUCGACAACGACGUCUAUUCAGACCGAGAAGGAGGGCAGUCACAGUCGGCUGCUGAGCAGGGGCGGAGAGUCGUCGAGCUUCCGCGGACGGCAUUCGUCGUCGUCACGGCGCGAGGUGUCCGGGUCCUUCAGGAAAGACACCGUCUCGAGUUCUUUUAGAAAGGAGGUUGUGCAAAGCAGUAGAAGAAAAUCCACGAAGUCUUUUCAAGAUGGCGAGGUCUCCAGCAUCGCCAGCGAGAGCGCUCGAGGCAGUCCGUGUAGCAUCCAUUACAACCAGGGGCCUUUCUCCGCGAAGACGACCCCGCAGCCUCUGAACAGCUCUUGGAUUUCUGAGACCCCAUCGUCCCCGGAAGGUUUCUACUCCUCCGUCCCAUUCCACUGGGAGGAGGCACCGGGCAAAGCUAAAACCAUUGCAGCGGCCGCAGAGAUGGCCUUGGCUCGAAAGCUCUCGAGGGAUGAAUCGCUUCGCAAGCUCAGCGCGGCCUCCCCCGGAAGCAGUGUCGAUUGUUCGGUUCAAGGUGAGAGGAAGGGUCUGACCAGGCAUUCGUCUCUCGAGCCUCCGAUUUCUUGCGCGUCACCGGCGUUGCCUCUGCCCCCAUCGAAGAGGGAGUUCUCUCGCGAGCUUCCUGCGCCCGUGAAGAAGGACCCGCAUGCGUCGCAGCUGAUCGAAGAACUGAAAGCUGCCGUCGUGCGGAAGCAGGCUGAGGACCUGAUGACGAGGGAGAGAGCCGUGGAGAGGGAGGACGACAACAAGAGCGUCAUCUCCGACUUCGGUCCGGCCGAAGAAGCUCACAUCGAUUUGGUUGCCCCGUCUGCGGCCAAGUUUCUGACGCAGGAGGACGAUUUGCCAGUUCUCACUCCAAUCAAGACUCCUGCCGCGGUUCCAUUCAAAUGGGAAGAAGCUCCGGGUAAGCCCAAGGGUGGUUCCUCGCCUCCUCCCGAACCCGAGCCUCCACUGCUAACUCUUCCCCCGCGUCUCCUGGGAGGAUGUCGAAAUCUCUCGAAAGAAGCCCAAGCCAAAAUUUUGCAGACCUAUUCGUGCAAUCUGAGCGAAAUGCACUGGACCGCCAGCGGAAAUCCCACUCCUCUUUCUCGGUCCCGGGACCACACUCCCACUCGGAGGGACAGGACUCCGACGAGGAGGGAUCGAACGCCAACCAGGAGGGACACAACUCCAACAAGAAGGGACAUCACUCCAAGCAGAAGGGAUUCCACUCCGACCCGGAGUUACUUCAACAAUGUCAGAUUGGUUCCCAAGAGUGGACCCAUGUCUUUCCCUCCUGCCAUUCCCGUCAUCGACAACGUCCGUGACUACCACAGCGGACCUCUGCGACCCAACACCGUCGGCCCCAAUUAUUUGAACGCACCUCCGAGGAGUAUUUCGCAGGAGUUCGCCCUCCCCAUCGUCGUGCCACCGAGAACUGCAUCGCAGGAGUUCCACCUUCCGAAGAACCCAACACAGGACAACGCCAUCAACGUCCUAACUCAGGAGCUCUCUUUGUCUGGACCUUCAUCGGAGGAAUCUGGGCGCCGGGGCUACGCGAGCAAGAAGGCCUCACGAGAGUUUCCUCUACCUCCUCGACACGAGUCUCCUGCCCAGGGAUCUCAGCACGACUCGAAUGUGGCCGAGUCUUCCAACGGCAAGAGCUCGAACGACGGCCAGUCAGCAGCAGCUUCUUCAUCGGCCAAGCCCCCGGCUGGAGCAGUGGAUCAGUGGUCUCCUACGAGCAUAUUGUGCGGCCCCGAUUUGUCAGUGGACACCAACCGGUCGAAUUCAAACCUCUCGGCCUACGCGGAAUCCUCGCAUUCUCAGCGACAGUCGGUAACGAGUCACACCAAGUCCAAUAGUUGCAGCUCUGAAGAGUCUUUUGUGGACGAAAUCUACGAUCAACAACCAUGGAGCGGCAGUAUUACGCCUAUCGCCUCACCUUAUCGCGACCUCGGUCCCAUCGACAAUCCUCCCGAAAGCACGCAAGGGAACAAAGCCUUGGAGGAGGGGGUGAAGGCUCUCGUCAAAUUUUGCCGGAAAGCCAAGAAGUGGAAUAAAUCGAAGACUCCCACGCGCAAGAAUUCUCAAGAGCCCGACAUGUGGGCACCCACAUUGGCUACCUACUUUCAAAAGCUCGAGCUCGGUGGCGCCAUCAUCAGCAAGGUGGGCUCGCAGGUCUUUCCCGACGACAGGAGCCUGAGGAGCAUCUACGCCUCGGGAGAGGCCAGUGUCGCCCGCUCGCCCGCCAAGUUCAUCCCCAGGUCCGGAGAGUUGGGAACACCCGAUCGUCUGGCAUUGAGACGAGCCCUCGGUGGCCAAACGCCGAUUCAGACCAUUGCAACCUGCCGUUCUCCCACUUACAGAGUGCUGGCCACCGACGAGUGCUUCUCGCUGUUCUCCGUGCACCGAGUCUGGAACUCCACCAAGGCCAGACACGCCAAGUGGGGCAAGAAAAUGAGGCGGAGUUCUCGCGUCAUGGUUUCGGUAUGCGCAGCCCUGAAGAGGUCUUUGAUGCUGAAAUGUGGGAGGCACAAUCUCCCCACUCUGCCCUCGGAGUCCAAGCUUUUGAGUCGUGAAGAUCUUGAGCAAAAGGAGAACGCCGUCCACGCACUUUCUGCCAGUCACCAGUUCCACAGGCCUCUUUGAGGAGUUGGCGUUUUUUCGAGGGACUCAAUUCCUGGACAUAGCACUCGCUCAACUCUCGAGUCACUGAUCUCUUUGUAAAGUAUAGUCGGCUCUCGAUGACGCCGAGCAGGCGAAGCUGGAGGCGAGGCCUCGAGCGCUUGCCACGACAGCGCGCGGAGCUGCUUUUAAACGUGAAUGAAGCUCACUUUCAAGCAAGCAAGCCCCAGCGUGAGCGCGUUCAGGUGCAUCGAGCACGACCGUCGGGCUUCUGUUGCAGAGUUUGAUUUUUGUACAAUACGCAACCGCAGCAGAAGUACCCAUCUUACUAUAAACAACGACACGAAGUUCACCGCCCCGCCCCGCGUCAGCCAGCAAAUUGUGCAGACGAAAGAGAGGCGUAUCUGUAAGUUCUGUUCGGUAAAUAUCACCGUGGGAGGCCCGCAUGACAGCGAGGAACUCAUGCAAUUUUAAGUCUUCCACUUCCGGGCAAUUUCUCCGACCAUUACAGCAACAAGGCCGAGCAGAAAUUAGCUCAUCCAACAGCUUGAUACUGCAAAUUAAGUUUUCCGAGUACUAUGUUUUCCGAUAAAUCCCUACCUCGAUCAACUUCAACUUCAAUUUUACUGAGUAUGUUUUGGCGAUCAGAGAUGUAAGCUCGUCCACUCUACAGUAGAUCUUGGGUGCAAAGUACUAUGCCUGGAGCUACCUCCAGCUUUCUUUAUCAGUUCAUUUCUGUACGCAUACCAAGGUCGUAGCAAAUGCCUUUGAUGUCUGGAGACGAAUCAGUCUGAACGUCGGACUGCUAUUCAUUACAAUGGCUAGAUCUAUCGCUCCAAUUUACUUUGUUUCUUUAGUCUCCUCUUGUGGAGCGUCAUCAACUACUAGCGUUUAAGAUCGGGUGAAUUUCUGGGCGGAGAAAGUGAAUACAUUGUAUGUAUUUUUGACGUUUCGAAGGGAAGCAAUAAACAAAAGACAACAUUUCUUGACC